AUGGCCUCUCCAGACCCUCACACCGGUGGCUCACUCUCAGAGAUGGCGCCCACAGGCACGCGCAUGCCCAACGACGCUGGGUUGCAGAACCUCAUCCCCUCGAAAGCGCGCCCGGACCAGCAGGAGGAAAACCACCAGUUCAGCUACGACGGGCUCGCGCAGCCAACUCUGGUAAAAGCGGCCGAUAACCCGACCGAUAUGCCCCGGAGCAAGCGUGACACCCACGCCUCGGGCGAAGUUAUGACUGCCCUAGGUGACUCGCUCCCCGCGGAGAUCGAGACGAAGAAUCUGGACUUCAAGUCGCAGGAUCCUGGCACUAAGGGCCGGACUAGGCCCAUCAAGCAUGCCACUCUGAACCGGAGUAUCUUCGACAAGCUUGCUCCGAAGGAGGACCCGGAGGCGAGGGAGGCGGUGCAAGAGCCUCAGCAUCGGUAUUAA